AUGCUGCUUAGUUAUUGGUUAUUGGUACAGUUUCUGCUACACAUCUAUAAAAUGGAAGAUGCAUUCAAAGCAGACAUGGUAAAGGCUUUCCAAAAAAAGUAUCAGGACCAAUUCCCCGAGAUCCUCAGGAGAUCCUCUGAAUGGAUGGAGCUGGUCAUUGACCUUGAAUAAAAGAAUAUUGACCAUCAAGUGAUGUCCUUGUAUAUAGUCGUCUCUUGUGUUGGCGACGAAGAUCCAAAUGAUGAGGGUGGGUUUCCCAAGUCCGGUCUCCUCAUGUUGCUCCUGGGGGUCAUCUUCCUAAAUGGUAACCGGGCCACCGAGGGGGAGGUCUGGGAAUUCCUCAGUAUCUUGGGAAUCUAUGCUGGGAGGAGGCACUGUUUCUUUGGGGAGCCCAGGAGGCUCAUCACCAAAGAUCUGGUGCAGAAGGAAUACCUGAACUACCGCCAGGUGCCCAAUAGUGAUCCUCCGCGCUAUGAGUUCCUGUGGGGCCCGAGAGCUUGUGCUGAGACCAGUAAGAUGAAGGUACUGGAGGUUGUGGCCAAGAUCCUCCAUUCGGUCCCUAGUUCCUUCCCAGACCUCUAUGAGGAGGCUCUGAGAGAUCAGGCAGAGAGAGCAGGGCCGAGAGGCGCGGCCAGGGCUCCAACCAUGGCCGAGGCCAGUGCCCCUUCCAGGGUCAAGCCCUGCAGCUCCUCCCACAUCUAGGGAGGCAGGCAGGCCACUUUGUUCCCUUUGUGUUGGAAGAGAGCAGUCAAGCUCCUAAAUAGUGCAGACUAGUAGGGUGUAGGAAACAAAACCCAUAUGUUCUUACAGUUUAAAUGGUAAGCGAGUUUAGGUGCAGCUUGUUUUAACAAAAUAUAUAUCUGUUUUCUUUUAUCCAUAUGAGAAAUACCUAAUGAAAGAUGAUUUAAGGUAGAUAGGUAAAGAGAUAAAGGAGGGGUUUAGUGUUUUCAAAUGUUCUUACUUUUGAUAAGGUUACUGUGCUUCAGAAUUCAAAUGUAUGAAUUAUAAAUCAUAGUUUCUUGCUGUUUUAAUGUUUUCAAGUUUGGGGAUUUGUAAAGCACACUGAAAGUAUUGAAUAUGUUGUUCACAAUCUAAACAAGAUAACAUGACACUAGAAGAGAAUUUUUCUGGAAGGGCAGUCAAGCUUCUAAAGAGUGCAGGGUCGUAGGGGUGGAGUCAUAAAAUUUAGAUCUCAUUGAUCUUUUUGUUUCACAUGAAUAACUUCUACAUAUUGUUUAUUUCAUUUAUUUCAAAUAUUUGUACUUCUAAGAGUUUGUUUUUCUUCAGAGUAUUAAUUUGGUAAUGAUACUGCUCUUAUAUUUAUUGCUGUUAUAAAAGUUUAAAAGGUACACUUUUGGUAGAAUUAAAGAUAUUCAUUAACCAUCUAUAUUGUCUUCAUGAUCUGGAAGUAGGUAACAUAGCACUGCAAGAGAUCUUCAUGGAAAUGUGAAAGACAACCCCAGAAAAUACUGAAAAACACAAACAAAAUAGAUUAAAAAAUAGAGUCAAAAGUCUUUAA